UCCGGGGUUAAGAAAUUCCACGAAUAUGUAUUCGGACGAGAUUUCGAAAUAGUCACGGACCAUAGACCCCUACUGGGCCUAUUGGCGGGCGACCGCCCAACACCCGUUGCACUUUCGCCCAGACUGACCCGAUGGACUAUCUUCCUAGCGGCAUACUCUUACAAAUUGCUUCACCGCCCAGGAAAGGACUUAGGGCAUGCGGACGCUCUGAGUAGGUGCCCGUUACCAGAGACUAUCGAAGACCCAACCCCGGGGACACCCGUCCUGCUAAUUGACUCUUUGGACUCUGGCCCAGUCACAUCCAAGGAGGUGGCUAGGGCAUCUUACAAGGACAUUACAAUAAGGACUGUAAUUGGUUGGGUACAAAGGGGAUGGCCCGCUGCGCCGGGCGAGCGUUUCAAAGACUUUGUGAAAAAACGAGCAGAACUAUCGGUUCAAGGGGGGUGUCUGUUAUGGGGGGAUAGGGUGGUGAUCCCGGAGAAAUUACGAAAAAAUGUAUUGGAACUUCUGCAUGUGGGCCACCCGGGGAUCGUGAGAAUGAAGGGUUUAGCGAGGAGCUAUGUGUGGUGGCCCUUGAUGGACAAGGAAAUUAGCGACAGGGUAGGGAAAUGCCAAUCCUGCCAAGAGUCAAGGCCACUACCCCCUACGGCCCCAAUUAGAGAGUGGGAGAAACCCCAGGGGCCAUGGUCUAGGAUUCACAUCGAUUUUGCCGGGCCAUUCCACGGGCAAACCUUUUUAAUAGUAGUAGAUGCCUACUCAAAAUGGCUAGAAAUCAUCCUCAUGAGAUCCACGACGGCCGAGGCAGUCAUCUCAGUCCUGAGGCACCUAUUUGUAACCCAUGGGUUGCCCGACACCCUAGUUUCCGACAACGGCCCGCAAUUCACGGCAACCCAGUUUGAGGGGUACUUGGCGGAGGAGGGCAUCAGACAUGUCCUCUCGGCGCCUUUCCACCCGGCGACGAACGGACUUGCAGAACGUUUCGUUCGGAGCGCCAAAGAAGCGCUAUCGAGGAUUAGGCCAGGCGAUUGGCAAACAAAAAUCGAUACCUUUUUAGCAGUCCAACAUAGAACCCCCUGUGUGACAACUGGCCGCAGCCCGGCGGAACUAUUGAUGGGUAGGAAGCUCAGGUGCCCGUUAGACCGCCUAAACCCAACCUACACCCCAGAUGGGUACAAGGGGGCACACGGUAAAACUAGAGAAAUGACAGUGGGUGGACCCAAAGUAGACAUUAUUGAUUGGAAUCUCCAACAAGAGGCAGGGGGGGAAAUGGGCACAGUGGUGUCUUGA